AGUGCCAGUUUGCCGACAGGUCUCACUUGAGUCGCUUUAAGACUGUGGGUAUAAAUCACGAUCAUGUCAGUGCGCUAAAUCACUGUCGUUCCACACCGCACGCGCUCAGCUCUCUCCGUUGCGGUUUUGUAAUACACCUGUGCUACUUCCGGAAGUAACUAGUGACGUUAUUUUUCCACGAGCUGACGACAGGUGAGGAAUUUUGGACAAGAAUCCUGUCGGUCUUGAAAUGUUAAUCUGUCGCUAUAAUAACCGCAUCUCGUCCUCCGCGAGCAGAAAGAUCUCGAUCUAGUUUCAGGCCGGUCUUGUUUUGGACGAUCCGUGUUUUUGCUUUGUUUCUCAUUUGGGUAAAUUGUUGUCCUAGACAUGUCUCGGGGAUCGGGCAUUAUUCCGGAUGAGUCCAUGUUCAAUGAGUUUAAGAGACAGUGUUUGUCUACGGAAAACUGGCUCAGCAAGUAUGAUAAGAAUGGGAUGGAGGUUUGGGUCGAGGUGGCCCCAUUAUCUUCUCAAGGGAACAAAGGCAACUACUCCAAAAUCCACAAAAUCAAGUGUAGAAUAACCAUAGACGAUGUAUCCGCUGCUACCAUGUAUGACGUGCUUCACGACAGCCUGUAUCGCAAGACGUGGGACCCCACAAUGCUGGAGAGUUUUGACAUCGCUCGCCUGGGCCCCAAUGCUGAUGUGGGCUACUUUUCAUGGAUUUGUCCAAAACCGCUGAAGAACAGGGAUGUCGUGACCUUGCGGUCAUGGCAGGCAUCUGAAGACGAGUAUGUGAUCGUUAACUUCUCAGUGAAGCAUCCGAAAUAUCCCCCAAGAAAGGAUGUGGUGAGGGCGGUGUCCCUUCUUACGGGUUACCUGAUCAAACCAACCGGAGAGAACAGCUGCGUUUUCACAUACCUCUCGCAAGCUGAUCCCAGUGGGUCUCUUCCAAAAUGGGUUGUCAACAAGGCGUCACAGGUUCUGGCUCCAAAAGUCUUAAGAAGCGUUUAUAAGGCGGGCCAAAACUACCCUGCGUGGAAGGCAGCACACAGUCCUGAUCACAAACCAUGGCUGUACCCCAUACAGAGCGAACUGCCCAUGAUGGAUCCUGCAGACCUGUCCAUCCAGCGCGGAGACUCGCUGGAGAACGUGGAUGAGAGCUCGACCAGAGAUACUCAGGAUAAUGAAGACAGCAGUUAAAGGACCGUGAAAGAAAGAACAGCCUUUUAUACUGCUGUCCUGAUGCGGUCCAUGUCAUGGGGUCAGUUCAGUUACAUCUCACGCCACUUACAUGGUCUGCUUUUUCCUCAAUUGUUUACAGUUGCGCUCUGCACAAACACAUUUUCACGUUGACACAUGUAGGAGAUAAGCAAUUGAAAUAUUCAUUUGUUCACCAUUGAAUUUGGCACUCGCAACACACACUAAAAUGUCUAUUUUCUUACGGCAGCAUGCACAUCAUGAGAGUCAUUUCUUGUACAAGAAAAUUCUCUGAAGUUCUGUUUCUGAAGUUAAAAGCCUUUUGAAGGUGGUUAAGUUUUUAAAAAAAUAUUUUUUUUGCUUAUUUAUACAUAAUUAUUUUAAUUAUGCUACAUUUAACUAUUAUUGAAAUUCAGUUUAAAGGAUGCUUAUUUCUUUACUAUUAUAGUCAAACGUGUUAUUUAAGCCUUGUUUAAAAUAUCUCCAUAGCAGGGAAUAGGUUCCUUGCGAUGUCAUUCUUUGUUUGUGUGUAUUUGUAUACUGUAUGUGUUUAAGGGGAGUGUCCAUAUUGGCUUGUGCGUAAGAAUGAAUGAUUGACAAGCAACCAGAAGAUAAAACAUGUUAAAUAACCUGUACUAUGAUAAAAGCAGUCUGAGAUCCGCUAGCGGUAUUAUCUCAGAUUUUUCACAUGAAGUGCUGUAUGAUUCAUUUGCCUGUAACAGGCAGAGGCAAACAUAAGACAGUUUGCCAAGUUACUCUUAUUUUUCUUAAAGCGACUUGUCUGAGGAUGGAUGUGUGAAUGUGUUGAUAACUUGUAUUUCAUAUACAUGAAGUCCUCGUUCUCUGAAGGGUAAUAUGGUUUUAUAUUUUAGUUUUAAAUAAAUGAUUGUCCAGAAA